AACAGAACCGCGAUAGAUCAGAUGGCGUCUACAGCACCCCAUCCCACCGCUCCCCCAACAUCACAGCUCCACGCCCCCAGCUGUGUUCGACCGCAGCUUGCGCCUCCCGAUAGACAGAUGAACCGGCCGCCGAACCUCCUCGCAUCCCCAUCCCGCGCCAGUCACCGUCCCUCCACUGACCGAACUUGAAGAACCCCCACCACCAUACGAGGCAAUGCCGCGGCCCAGGUCAUCGCACGCCGAAUGAUCUGGUACAUCCUCUAUCCGUUUCGAGGGACAACUGAGCCACCCCGGCUUUCACCUUCCCAUCCCCUCCGCCGUGCCUUUCUGGCCCAUGGAACGGCCACUGCCCAGCAUUGGCUUCUAUCCAUACUCUUAAUCGUUGUUGUUUCCAUACUACUGUGCUAUCCUGCCGUCUUCCAAACAGACAGCCCCGCCGCUGCGGGCCUUCGGAACCUACCUAAGCAUGUCUGGACUUCCACCACAGAGGUCGCGGAUGUGGAUCAACCCGUCGAUGUCGAAGUACGCCAGGUCUGGGUGCACGGCGACUACAUGAAAGCCAUCGACCGACGAGUGCUUCGUGAAGCUCUGCGUGUCCAAAACGUUUUGAUCAGCCAUGGCUUCGACAAUCCAGACGGGGACCUCUCCAAUACUGUGGCAGAGUACUCUGCAUGUUCCCACUCUAGGGGCGCUGAUUGGGCAUUUCACUCCCCACUCAUGUACUGGAACUGCUCUUUGCCUGCGAUGGAGAAGGACCCGGACCCUCUUGCAACCAUCAAUUCCCGAUCAACUCAUCAGACUGCAGUCAACCUCACUCUCCGCCCGAGUACCGUUUUCGCAGGAAAAGUAUUCGCUAACAAGAGGCUGCGGGCAGCCGAUGCGCUGGUUAUAACCCUUUUCCACCGAACCGGCUCGACGCUCGGUUACGCAUGGGAAUCACGAUCAAGGCAGCUGGCGCAGAAUCUCACUCCAGGAUGGUCAAUCUUCCCCAAGGAUGGCCAAGUGCACCGAAGUCGGCUGUAUGAGUUCCGUUUCAAACCGAUGACUUUGAGCGACGACCUCCUGCUUGGGGGCUCCUACUUCGUGGUAGCCGUCUACGUCAUCUGGAGGAUGAUGCAGCUCCGAGCAGUCAAAAGCAAGUCGGGCUUGCUGCUCACCAUUUGCGCAAAGAUGAUCAUCUGUGUAAUUGCCAGCUUUACCAUUUGUACCUAUCUCGGCAUUGAUUUAGCCCGCAUACCCCGUCCUUGGUUCCCGGGCGUUGUAUUCUGCUUCGGACUAGGUAAUAUCUUUCGCCUCAUUAAUGUAGUACUUGAAACCCCACCGGAAAUGCCCCCGCCUCAGCGCAUCGGGAAUGCGCUCGGAGAAGUAGGGCAUCUUUCGCUCGCCGUGGCUGGCCAGAAUCUCGUCCUCAUCUACCUCCUCUCCAGAAUCGUAACCCCUUUGGUAUCCGACUUUUGCGUAUUUGCCGCCGUCACCUUGGUCUUGGACUUCGUUUUCCAUCUCACGUUUUUCGUCGCUGUCCUAAGCGUCGAUGUACAGCGCAUGGAGCUCCAGGAUUCCUUAGAACGGGUGGAUCCGAGUCCAGCGUCGAAAAGUGGACGUCAGGGACCGCAAUCUUGGCUUACCGCGCUUAGACAAGGGAAUUUGCCAGUGAGCACGCGCUUUGCUGGUUCGGCCGCCAUCUUGUCUAUGAUCUUGGCCGUAAACUGGCACUUCUUCGACAGAGAUACCCGCGAAUUGUCCCCUCGAAAGCUUGCCCGUGCCCUACUCGCGCGCACGACAAAACCGCAGCCAUCCUCUUUUCGGAAUGCAACCCCUAUCAACCAAGCCAGAGCACCGGCUGAAUGGUUCAGGAUCCAGGAUCAUAAUACUGCUAAAGAACUCUUUGGGUUCAUCAAGCCGAACGCACAUAGCUUCAUUGCUCGUGUACACGAUCCACUUCUUGUAGUUCUGGAAGGUGCGCAAGGACGAGACACUCCCCCCCAGUCAACCUCGCUUAUUGAGCAUGUGCGACGAUUCACACAUCAACACGCGUUUCCAGCGGCCCUCCUCGUCGUAUUUGUGAUCGCUGGGGUAACGUUACUAAUGAAUUAUCUCCUCUGGGACGGGUUUCCCCAUGAGGACACCUCCGGAGGGAAUGAAGAGGAGAAUGCCGACUUCUCUAUCAGAACACUGCCUGUUCCACAGAAUUUGGAUAUCGUAGCCCUCACUUCAGGCCCCAAGGGCCACCUGGUCAGCGUCAGUCUCGAUCGUUCCACCUCAAUAUGGCAAAAUAGGAGGAGCAAUGGUUACACCAACACUAUUCUUCGAACUGCCGCAAUGAAGCCGAAGCUGUGGCCCGUUGUGGCGUGCACCAUAGAUGAUGGAGGAAGCGUCCUCGCACUAGUCGCUGAAGGCGGUCAGAUUGGUUUCUGGAGCAUCGCCGGGGCCUGCUUUAUUCUGUUUGCAGCCAUCGAGCUUCGAGGGCAGAUUCCCCUUCUAUGCUCCUUCAUCUGUACACAGAGCGGAGGGGAGCAUGAUAGGCUCAGUCUCGUGCUCGUCACAUCGGAUGGGCACCUCACCGUUGUCGACGCAAGCUCGGGGAAAACUCGAGCAAUGCAGUGGUGCUCCUCCCAUAUCUUGUCCGCCGCAUUGUACACCUCCGCCAAGGGGAGCAACAGCGUGGUUUAUGUCAGCAAACCAGGGGAGGUAUACAUCAUGCCAUUAGAAGGUACAAAGGACUGGACACCCGAGGUCGUUGCAGGAUUGGACCCUGGACCGCCGCCAGGUAGCAACCCCUCAAAAAUCAAGAGCGUCUAUGCGAGCCCUUCUAUCGGGCUCAUAUUUGCCAUUCGAGCAGGAGAGGUUGAGAUUUUCGAUUUUAGUAGCCGAGCCAUCGUGCACUCCCACAAGAUUGGUAUCGUCAAGGCUGGCACGUUCAGAGUCAUGCACUCAUCUCGCAGACCCUGCGCAUGUGGAGCUCCAGCGGUGACUACUCUGUCCUUCGCAUACACCGAGCAUGAGACGCAUCGCAUGAUCAUGCACACCUUUUGCUCCGCCGAGAGUGGUGAGUCACGGAUAUGCUUGGGUAAGCCAUCAGAUAGCACGCAACACGGCUGCCGAGGUCUGCAACACGCCAAAGAGACGAUACACUGUGUUGAUUCUGCUGGUGUAUGGGAGUCGACUAGUAUACUCAGUGUAGUGGGUAUUCGAAGAUGCGCUCCGGCAACCAGCCCGUCUCCCACAGAUUCCGAUGCCGAUGGCGACCUUUCGAAUGCUGAGGCUGCGGGACUGGCAUCUGCCAGUAAUCUCCGACCCUUCAAAGCCAAAGCAAAAGCCAAACCCGCUACAAACCUCUCAGCCGUGCGUUCUGCCUUCACAGCUCGACACACUUCCGACGUCUCGGGAACGGAUUUCGACAGUUGGGAAGCUUGGACGCUUUCCUCUUCAGGAAGGUUUCGCUCCCGCCCCCUAUUGCCCGACUUGAGCCUUUCUCAGGAGGACGCCGCCGAUUUGACGCUUAGCCAACAGCAGCUCUUUGUUGCCAGCCCGGGACCCAUCUCUAGAGUGGGAAGUAGGAGCGUGGCUGUGGCAUUUGGCAAUACAGUGAAGAUCAUAAGUCUGGGCAAGGACUCUUUUUUCAAUACCGGCCUUGGAGCGGCUGCUAGUAACGUUGAGGAUGGUGCGCUGGAUUUCAUGAGCCUUGGGGGAGGGGCGGGUGUGGGUUCGUAUAAGUCGAAGGGUAGGAGGGGAACGGGAAGGAAGAUGCUGUGAAAACGUUCAAGAACGAGACUGAUUGCUGGAUUGGGGAAUUUUCAUGUAUAUGGGGCCAAUAUUGCUGCGUUGUUAGAGAUUCUGGCAUCUGGACAGUGCAUUCUCCGUAUUUCAGUUUGCCUGGCGUUGGACGGGGUCUUGAUGGGCGGGCUAGUUCGUUCAGAGGUUUUUUUAUACCUAUGUUUUGGAAUUCUGGAUCUUGGAUGGCUGGAUUGGUCCGUCAGCGUAGGGGACUGGGGCAUUGAUCCCUUUCCGCGCUUCUGAUUUGGUUGGGCUGUGCAGAUUCAGAUACAGCGCUCAC